AUGACACCAUUUACUCAUUACUUGGAACAUGAAUCUCCAAAAAUGAGGAUAAUGGAGUUUGGAGCAUAUGGAUUGGUGGUGAUGAAGGGUUUAAUUUGGAGAUUCAAAGUGUGUGCUACUAGAAUUAGCUUUGUCACAGAUUACCACUUAGGAGUAUCCGUCUGGAUAUUCCAACAGGAAUUACUUAAUUGCGAGAGAAUCGGGACAAAAACCAGGGUUGAUGAUGAGAAGCUGUAUGGUAUAUUUAUAGACCUAGAGAUGAGUACAGCUAUGGAGGAAUGCAUUCUACUUGCGUUGCAGGCGGUUGCUGCAGUUCGAGUUUCAUUAGAAUCACCUUUUGAAAUUACCAGUCAAUCAAGCAAUAGGCUGUCAAAACGAUCACCCGUUAGAUUGCGUGGUGAUAUCACAAAAUGUUACACAAUUAAAUCCAAUGUUAAUGGAGUUGAUUUGGGUUUACUAGUCGAUUCAACAAUGUCUGAUACAAUCGUACCACUUUCUAGUUCAAAAAAUAGCGUAGGUUUGACUCCACAACACACUCCAAAUGGGGAACCCGUUAUUAUAGAUUACAGAGGCAAAGAGUACAGAGGAAUUAGUUCCGAUGCAGUUGUGACGAUUCUGGGUACUGGAAUAACUGACAUCAAUUUACCAGUAAUAGCAGUUGAAAAACAAUCGGCACGUCUAGCUGGUAUCGAUCCAAACUUUGAUGGAGUAUUCGGGUUUGGUUAUCCCUCGUUGUCAAAGCAUCAUCCACCAACCACUGUGUUGGAUACUUUGUACAGCAAUAAUGUCAUUCCUAAUAACGAGAUUGGUAUUCAACUAUGUCCGUAUGGCAUGCGUUCAAAAAGCUUCAUCAAUAUAGGAAAUACGGAAAUCACUGCAAAAUGUGGAACGGAUGGAAGGAGUGUUGCAUGGGUAAAUUCACCAACAAAUGAUCAUCAUACUGUCAACAUCAAGAGUAUACUAGUCAAUGACGAACCAGUGGAUCUGCCCGAGGAAUUCCAGCAAGUUGUCAAAGAUGACCAUACUUUGUACUCCGUUGUGGAAACAUGUUCUACAUAUAUGUAUUUCCCUAAAGUAGUCGUGACAGCGUUGGUCAAGGCUAUUGUUGAUAGUGAUGCGAUUACUAUCAAAAAAAAUAUAUUCAAGGACGAACGCAAACUCACCCCGGAAGAAAUUGAUGACAUAUUUUGGAAGCACUAUCUAAUGGUUAGAUCCAAUUUUCAUAUCGAUUGGAUCAAGCUGCCGACAUUUACCAUUACAAUGUAUGCUCAAACCCCCGUAACUGAUGACAAUCACGAUUCCGUCGUAAAGAUCAAAUUGGGUCCCAAAGACUAUAUACAAAGAGUUGAUUAUACACAUAACAUGUUUGCUGUAAAAGUUGGCUCAAAUGACAAAGCAAUUCUUGGUAUACCAUUUAUGACCCAACUUGAAUUGACAUUUGAUUUACAAAAUAUACGCAUUGGGUUUGGUCCUGGAUGUGGAUGUGAAACUGCAAGUAACAGGUAUCCUACUAUUUCAAACGGUGAUCAGGUACUCUGGCCAUUACCACAAUUGCCUGAACAACCAAGUACUUCAAGUUCAGAUGGCAGAUCUGGUCUCAGGAGAUCAUUGUCGCGAUUUGGUAGUAUUCGUCGUGGUAGUAAGCAUUCAAAGGCCACUCACAAGAAAACUGAUGACUAA